AUGGCUGAUUACGACGUGAUAGUUAUUGGAGCUGGUGUUGUUGGUCCUUGUCUUGCCACAAUAAUGGCAAGACAAGGCCGCAAAGUUCUCAUAGUUGAAAGAGACUGGUCAAUGCCAAAUAGGAUCGUUGGUGAGCUAUUGCAGCCCGGUGGGCUGAACGCCCUGAAAGAAAUGGGCAUGAUAGGAGCAAUCAGCCAUAUUGGAGCGAUUCCAGUGAAGGGCUAUUGUGUUUCAAACUACGGACAGAAGGUUGAUAUUCCAUAUCCUUCCAAGGACAGACAACCCAGGCUGACCCCUGUGCCGGGAUGUGUGUUUGGUGGAAACGAUAAGUUUCAAUCUGACGAAAGUCUUGACUUCGAAGAAUGGGACCAAGACGAUUGUGUGAGAGGUGUUUCGUUCCAUCACGGUGACUUUUUGCAGAAUCUAAGGGAGAUCUGCAAAAGAGAGCCCAAUGUUACCUGGAAACAGUGUAACGUGGUCAGCCUUAUCAAAGAGGGUGAGGCUGUGAAAGGAAUCAACGCUUUGACAGACGAUAAGACCAAAGUCUCAUACACCGCACUGCAGACUUUUUGCUGUGACGGCAUAUACUCAAAAUUCAGAAAGACCUUAUCCGAAAAAAAUGUCCCCAAAAUCGAGUCAUACUUUGUGGGUUUAACUCUGAAAGAUGCUGUUCUUCCCAAAUCCCAGCACGGAAAUGUGAUCCUGGGAAAUCAUGCACCAGUCUUGAUCUACCAGAUAUCUGAGCAUGACUCCAGGGUUCUGUGUGCUUAUCCUUCCGCAAAAUUACCACCUCGUCAACAGGUGCAAGAGUACCUUUCCACCAAUGUGUUGCCCGACCUUCCCGAAUGUGUCAAGCCAAGUUUCAAAGAGGCGCUAGAACAAGAAUACAGAUCCAUGCCCAACCAAUUCCUCACUGCCAAGCCCAAUACUGUUCCGGGAGUGAUUUUCGUGGGUGAUGCCUUGAACAUGAGGCAUCCUCUCACCGGUGGUGGAAUGACAGUGGGACUGAACGAUGCUGCUCUGUUGGGCAAAUUCCUUUCUCCUGUGGAGAUUCCGGAUUUAUCUGAUAGCCAGGCAGUUUUGGAGCAGCUGUCGAAGUUUCACAAGGAGAGGAAAAAUCUGGACUCUGUGAUUAACGUGUUGUCGAUUGCAUUAUACUCACUGUUUGCUGCUGACAGUUCUGCCCUGAACAUUCUCAAGAACGGAUGUUUCAGAUACUUUGAGAGAGGUGGAGAAUGUGUGACUGGCCCGGUUAGUUUACUGGCUGGUAUGACUCCUAAGCCAUUCGUUCUUUUCAACCAUUUCUUCAGUGUGGCACUCUACGGGAUCAUGAUUAACUUCCGCAAGAGAGGCUGGGCUGGAGUUCAUCUUGCCAUUGUGGAGUGUUUUGUUACCCUCUACACCGCCGUUGUGGUUUUCACGCCGUAUCUCGCGGGGGAAUUGUUCUCGUGA